AUGAGUACAGUUAAAGAGCUUAAGAAGGAGAACGAUGCUUUAAAGCAGCAAGUGCAAGACCUGAGACAAGAUUUGAAAGGCAUAAGUGAACGUGUUGGGUCUAUUCGCUCUGAAGCCGUUAAAAGUUCAGACCUACAGUUUUAUAGCAAUACAUAUGAUGAUUUGCUUACGUUUAAGAAGGACACGCAAAACGAACUCAAACGAAUUGGUAACAAAAUAGAUUCUACUUCAGAUAAAGUUGACAAGAUCGCAGCCGCCAUUACUGCCUUCGAAGACUAUAGUUACCAAUAUAAUCUUAAAAUCGUGGGCGUGCCUCAAGUCAAACAAAACGAGUCGUGUGAAGAAACCGCCAGCUUAUGCCUAAAGAUCUUUGCUGGUUUAGGUGUGCAGGAAAUCUCCGUGCAGGACUUAGAUAUAGCUCAUCGAGUCCCUCGAAGAAAUAGCGGGAGCAGACCGAUGAACAAACCAAAUCCGAUCAUAUGUAAAUUCACACGUCGAAUGGCAAAAGAACGUGUUAUGGCGAUGAAAAGAAACACCAGCGAGCUGACGAACGUAUCAUUGGGGCUGGGAACACAUAUAGAGUUUGAAAGAAUCGGAAUUUAUGAGCACCUAUCGCCACGUAUGCAAGAGGUGUUUUACCAAGCCAAGAAUCUUCAAAAGCGAUGCAAUUUUAAAUAUUGCUGGAGCAAAUCUGCGAACAUAUAUUUGAAAGAAUAUGAUACUUCUCGUGCAGUCAGGAUACGGUCCUUGGAUGAUUUGGGUCGUUUUGAGCAACAAGCGCAACCAUCUCGACACCCAUCUGAUGAGCAUAGAUAA